UUUGCUGCAUUAGGACCAUUUAUAGAGCUGCCUACAUGAAAAUGAUGAUACCUUAACGGUGUCCGCUAAAAAGAACGGAAAGUGGUGAAAAAAGAAGAUGAGUUUUAAGAAAUCGCCAUUGUACAAAAUUCUCACUUCCCGGUCGCCAGACACGGUAAAGAAAGCAUUGGAAUACAUUCGAACGGAUGAAAAUUUCGAUGCGGAUCUGAGCGAGAAGAACGGGGAGGGCUACCUUCAUUUGGUCGCCAUUUUAGAAGGUGAAAACAAGAAAGUCAAAGGUGUUCCAAGCCUGGUUCCCGUGGUAUACGCUUUGGCAAAUGGCGGCAUUGAAGUGGACGGCCAGGAUAAUCGCGGCAACACAGCCCUCCACACCGCGGUGAUGUGCGACGCCGGAGGAGCUCUGGUGAACGCUUUGUUCAAAGUCGGCGUCGACCCCACCAUCACCAACAAAGAAGGCAACACGGCUGGAGACUACGUGCCGGACGAUGAAAGUUCCACCCUGUACGCCACCUUUGAGAUGCUUUUCCCUGGUCUUUGGAAGGCAGUGGAGGAUGGGGAAGCUGACAAGGUGGAGGAGCUCCUGGACUACUGGUGUAAGAUCGACCAAGUUAAGUUUCGGAAGUCUAUUCUGGAGAUGGCCAGAGAGAAAGAGAAUGAGAGAAUCGUAGAAUGUUUGGAAAAGGCAGGGAGAACCAACGAAAUGGUUCACUCUGCCCUGGGCGGGGACUCAGCCAAGGUGAAAAAUCUCCUCAAGGAUGGGGAUAAAGUUAACAUGGACACGGUGGAUGAAAGUUACAUGGAUGAGAAUGGACACGUGGUUCCAAUGCCUCUCUUAGGAGUAGUCGGACUGUACGGUCUGAACGACGUGGUGAAGGUACUGGUCAGAAAAGGCGCAGACGUCAACAGUCGAGUUUUGAACCCAACCACAGGUGAAAAACAGCCUUUGUUUUAUUAUGUCAUGAAGCGCUCCAAAACGGUUAAUGUGGAUUUUGUCCGAACCUUGGAGAAGGCAGAUUUGUCCUUGAUCACAGACGACAAGCACGAUAUUCUUUGGCGCGCUUUUGAUCGCGGGUACCCCCUUGAAGUGAUGGAGUACCUCAAUGACAAUGACUUUUCACUGUUUGAGUACAGUCGACAGGGGCACACUUUGCGCCAGAAAAUCAUGAUCAGGUCCAUUGGACUGCCCGAGGACGAACAGAGAAAAAACCUUCUCUUUGUCGACGAACACAUCCUGGGCUACGCAGCAAAUGGGAACUUGGAGCGGUUGAAGGGAUUGGCCUUAGAUGGCUAUUAUGACCUGAACGUGGAGAAUCACAAGGGGAAAAAAGCCGCUUCGCUGGCCAGGAAAAAGGGUCAUGACGAAGUUGCCAAUUUCCUAGAAGAAUUAGACGAUUUCCAGGUAAAAGUGAUACAACUGCACAAAGCCGUGGAAAAUGCCAACAUGUCGGAGGCCAAGAAAUACCUUGAUGACAGAGAUAUGGGGCGUGCCAAGGACAGGGGCGGGCGCACUCCACUGCAUAAAGCCGUCAUCUACGAGAGGAGAAUCAUCAUCAAGUUUCUGAUCAAAGACUACCCAGAGACACUGAAUAUGAAGGAUUUUAAUGGAAGAACACCUCUUCAUUUCGCCUGUGCUUUACCAGACGCAGACGACAUCGUGGACUCUCUGCUCCGGGCCGGGGCUGACAAGAAUAUCACAGAUUUUGACGGUAAGACUCCCGGGGACUACAGAAACAAGGACAACAAGUUCGUGGCGGCUGAGAGAGAGACGCUGCCUGGACUGGACCUCUGGCUACGGAACCAGUACCACAAGUGGGUGGACGCCAUUGAGGAAGGCGACUACAACAAGGGGAAGGAAUUACGGGAGGAAUUACCCGAGUGGCUGAACGCCGGAGAUAUAAUGAAGCAAAUGUACCUGCUCCCCGGAGAGGAGAAACCGAAGGACCUUCUCUUUGUCUGCGUGACAAACAAUCAAGAGGAAAUGGCCCUGUAUUUGGUAGAGGAGGGAGCCGAUGCAGUCAUUAAAGGCCCGUACGGUAAGGGAGGCAAGGUGGUGACACUGCGCGAGGCGGCUGAAGAACGUGGCAUGCGAGACUUGGCCGAGCUAGCAGAAACAGCCGAGGAGAUGGCCAAGGAAGAAGACGGGGAAUUAGAGGACCUGGCAGAUCAUGACAUGGACAGUAACCCAGCACUGCAGAAUGGGACUUCGAAAGGCGGGAAGGGGAAAGAAAAGAACGGGCACGCUAACGGAAACGCUAACGGUCAAGACACCCCAGAAGGCGAGAUAAAAAGCAAAAGUUGCACCAUUCUGUAAAUGACCGUGCCAGCGGUAAAUAAAUGAUAAAAUCAAUGAUAAUGAUAGUUACUGUGCAGAAAAGAGAGCAAACGCCAGUUUUCCCAGAAAUAACCGGUCGAAUGGCAUUUGAAGUCGCGAAUACCCAGAAAUGGGAGAGUAAUCGUUAGAUUGUGAAAGAAAUCCAGUCUGCGCGUGGAGUAAUACAGGCAAUUUCAAUUGGCUUAAUUAAGCUACUGGCAUUUUUGGAUCGCUUCAAAUUUCAAUACAGGAACUUAUCUUUACCCUGAGCGGUUACUGUAUGUCCAAACGUGGGUUAAUUGUACAGGAUUGUAAGUAAUUCAAGACAAAAUGUAUGGGUGUCUUGCAUUUCAUAUCGCGUCGAUGUAAAAUAUAACCUCGAAUGGGUUAAGUUUGCCUUUUCUUGGUCGUGCAACAUGUUCUGUUCUUAUAAUAGUUUUUUUUAAACUAUAGUUAAAACUAUUGUUAAAU